AGCCACAUCGUCUCGUCUUCGCACAUACAUACAAAGAUGUCUCUCUUAGGGAAGAAGUUUCCGGCGCCUGUCGCUAAGCCAAUGGCUCCAUUCUACAUUGCUGGUCUUGUCAUUCUCUACGGUGUCAACUCAGCCGCUACUGCUAUGAUGGCCUCCGAUGAAUUCAAGAACGAUCCCCGAAACCCCAACGCGAAGACCGCCAAGCCAGCAGACAAGCACUAGAGGAGGGACGAGGUUCGGCGAGAAGGAAUGAUACGUGGCACAUAGACUUGGAGACGGGUGGUUGGGAUGGGAACGCUGGUUGAAAGGCAUAUUGUAUCAUACGAAGAACCCCUCCCGCCCGCUGCUUCCGAAUCCGAUGUCCGUGAUGUUUUCAGUGAUUGAAGCUUGAUAUGUUUGGAUGGCUACGAGUAACGAGCGAAUUCCAUAGGAAAUGCCGGAGUCCAAGAAGAGCAGUAUUUUGCUUCACCGGAUUCUAUCUUCCAGAUAAUACCCUCCGACAACCGAGUACAAGCGCCUCAAGGACGAAAGACCUAUCUCACUCGAAUACCACCUCAUUGUCUCACUUCCCGACCAACUUUUCAAGGAACCUUCAUUCCUAGCUAUCAAAAUGUCUCACCUGACCAAGAUAUUCGCUCAGCC